GGACGGGGUAGGGUCAGCUAAUGUAUUUUAACCAAUCACCAAACAGCAUGCGCUUACCUCGGGUCGUCGGGCGCAAGGAGCUGCAUGCGACCAAGUGGCUGCGCCUCCUCGAGGUGACGUACAAGGACCUCGCAGGCGUCGAGCGGGCGUACUCGGCCGUCGAGCGGACAACGCGCCCGCCCUGCGCCGACGCCGACGCCGUCGUGGUCCUCCCGCUGCUCGCCGCGCCGACCGGGCCUGUCGCCGUGCUCGUGCGGCAGUUCCGCCCGCCCCUGGACAAGUGGAUCAUUGAGCUGCCGGCGGGACUCAUUGACGCCGGCGAGUCGGUCGCGACGACGGUCGAGCGCGAGAUCAAGGAAGAGACAGGCUACAACGUCUCAGAGAUCGUCUCGAUCGGCCCCGUCAUUGCCUCCGAUCCAGGCUUGACGAGCAGCAACUGCCGCUUCGUCGUGGCGCGCGUCACGUCGGACGGGCCGCCGUCGCAAGCGCUUGAACCGACCGAGAUGAUUCAAGUGCUGCAGGCGCCACUCGCGACGCUUCUCGAGACGCUCCACGACCGCGAGGCAACAUACGGCGACGCGAUCGACUCUCGGCUCUACAGCUUUGCCCUUGGCCAGCAGCUUCGCCUCUUCUAAGCGUGCGUCGGGACCACUCCAAGUGUCUCUACAAGUCGACCAUGUCGGCGCAAUAUUGUCAUUUACUUCUGUGACAUUCGAUGCUUGCAC